GUUUUUGAUUCUUUUACUAUUUCAUCUAUUCAAGACAGUGACAUAAUUCCAAGCAAUUGGCAGGAAUUUCUAAGUAAUCGCCAAAAUAAGAAAAUAUUUGUACACUACUUUAGUGACACUAUCCUUAAAGUUCACCAACUUUCAAACAGCUCUGUUCCUCUCUUUGUUUCUGGAGGAUUUGCAGAUGGUGAGCUAUGUAAGGUUUGUGUAUCAAACUCUAUAUCUUUAUCUCCCCUGUAUCAAUCAAAUAGUAUGGAGGGAGAUUUCAGAAUUUGGCUUCAUGCUCAUCUUGUAUCAAAAAGUAACAUUCUUAUCUUUUCGAAAGAUACUGAUUCUUAUAUGAUAGGCCUUCCUCUUGAUUUUGACAAUAAAAGAGUCCUUAUAAAUAUUGGGGGUAAAACCUCAAAUGAGACAUAUAUUAGUAUUUCAAACCUACGCAAAAAUAUUCUGACUGAUGUCAAUUUGCAUUCUUUGAACAAACAAAUUUUACCUAAAGUAUUUCAAAGUAUUUUUAUAGCCACUGGUUGUGAUUAUGUGAGCUCUUUUAAAAAAAUCUCCAAAACUAAGGUAUUUUCAAUAUUUUAUCAAUAUGCUACAUUUAUCAUUAGCUCAUCUGAAUAUCUAGGCUCUUUACACCAAACUGGGGUUGAUGACUACAACUUGGGUUUCUUGUCCUUCAUUAGAUUAGUUGGUUGUCUAUUUUUUACUCGAUGUAAUGUAGCAUUUCACGAUUUAGGAGUUAAAGACAAAAAUCCCACUUCUUUAUUCAAAUAUUUUGCAGAGGAACAUUUUCAUUCACUUGAUCAAUCAAUAUCAAUACAUAGAGCAUGGCUUAGUUCAAUAAGAGAAAAGAUUUCGGAGAGGGAAACAAUAGGGGAUAAUUUAUUGCCAUCGUUUGAAGCCCUGUUACUCCAUUGGAAAAGGGCUUGCUGGGUUUCUCAAAUUUGGAGUCAAAGUAUUCAAAACACCAUGCAUAUUAAUCCAAUAGAAAACUGGGGAUGGGAAAUAAAUGAUAGUGGGAAGAUUUCUUUUACUUGGGAUUCAAAAGAAAAUAUGAAUAAAGCAAUUUCUGAAGAAUUGUAUUUAACUAAGGGGUGUGGCUGUAAAAAGGAUCCUAUGUGUUCUCGAAAUUGUGGGUGCAAGACAAAUUUUCCUGAUGGGUGUGGUCCUGCAUGUCUUUGUCAGGGUAACUGUUUCAAUCCUUUAAAUAUAAAUAAUGUUGAUAUUGAUAAUAACACAGAUGAUGAAGAUAAUUCAGACUCUGACUCAGAUAGUGAUGAUAAUGAUGACGAUGAAGUAAAAUUACCUUGAAUUCUCUCAUUUCUCCCUCUGGAGUGUUUUUUAAACCUGAAAUAUGACAGUAUGCAUUUUCCAACAAUGUGUGUAAUUGCCUCUAUAUUUCCAUGGGACAUACAGCUUGAAAUCUCUUAUUUUUCCCUCUGGAUUGCUUGAAAGUGCUUUAAUUAUGGCAUAGGGAAACUUUUUAAACCUGAAAUAUGACAGAGUAUACAUUUUCUAUCAAUGUGUGUAAUUGCCUCUAUAUUUUCUUGAAACUCACUACUAAUGUUCUACUUGGGCUACUACUUUUUGAUUAUGAAUGAACAUUUUUUUUAAAAUUCUUACUACAUUGUACUAAGUCAUUCUUUUGCAGUCCCAUGAUUCUCUGUACCUAAUGUGCUCUUCAUCCACCUUGUUUCUUUAAAGGGAUAUUUCAUUGCUAGUCCAUUUCUUUCUUAAUAUGUUAGUUUUUUACAUAUACAUGUACAUAUUAAUGUACUUUUCAUAUUUUGCAAAGCAUGGGAAUUGUGUUGAUAUGGUCAAUAUUGAUAAUUUGAUAAUGUAGUGCUCAUGUCGAAUUGGCUCACUGUCAUCUUUAAAUAUAUACUUUCAGGUAGUGAUGUCAUCACUUUUUAAUUUGCGAAUAGUAUUUGUCAAAAUCACAUGUUUUGCUUAAUCUCGAAAAUAUACUGUAUAUACUCAUAGCUACCAUAUUAGGAAAGAAAUGGUCUGACAAGGAAUACUUGUAUUCCUUUCAUCAAAUUUUCACUAAUUGAUCUCCAAAACUAUUAUCAGAUAUAUUGUUCACCUGACUGAUCAAUAAAACAUGCACAUAGGUCACACCGUCACACUGUCACACUUUAAUCAUAAUGACUUAUGCAAUACUUCAGUGAAGACUUUCUCAGUCUGAUUGUUAAUGAACUUUCCACACUGAGUCUUCUCUUAAUUUAAUCACUGAAAAAUUGGUGAACUAAAAUCCUGAGUCUCUAUCUCUAAUUUCAAGCCUCACCUUUGUGCCUUUGCUGAUUUGUGAUGAUUGGAUAUUAUUGCAUUUACAUGUAUUGUAUAAACCUAUUUUGUUGUUGUGUAAGAUGCUUAUGUCCUCACAUCAACUUGUAGGUUUUGCCAUCUUUUACUUAAAUAUGCCCUCUCAUUAAUAUACUAAACCUAUUAUGUUGUUGUGUAAGAUGCUUAUGUCCUCACAUCAACUUGUAGGUUUUGUUUGCCUUUGUCUUUUUUAUUUCGAAGUUCUUAUGUGCCUUGACUUUGCAGGCUUGAAAUAGGAUAGUUUCUAAAUAGCAGAAAAAUCAAUGAAUCUCAAGUGCUGCCAUCUUUUAUUCAGCUUUUAAUUUGGGCUAGAGCUCCAUUCACUUACAUGCUAAAAUAUUGGAAAAGUGGCUUAAUUUCAUGAUUUAUCAAAGUGUGUUAGUUGAAUCUGUAUAAAACUUGAAUGAUAUGCAACAUAAUGACCCUGUUUAUAUACAUGUUGUGAUUAAACAUGCAAAUGUUGAUUGACAUACAAAUAUUCCAAGGUUUUAAAGAAUUUUAGUAUUGCAUCUAUGGAUAUUUAUAUUAAUUUUAAAUUGUCAUAGAAAAUUAUUCAAACUACAUAUCUGUGUAAAUCAAAGCUAUUACAGGAGAAAACAUUGCACUGAAUUCAAAUAUACCAUUUAAAAGCAGGUAAUGUAAGUCAUUAGAGGUCUAAUAUGCAAGUCUCUUAAAAUCCCAAGAAAAACGAGAUUUAGAAGAUUUCAAAAGCUAUAUGGAACUGAAUCUUGACUAUACAGUUUACAUUGAAAUGAUUCAGUCGACUUAUAUUUGUUCAGUGGCUUGACUCUGUGUCUUUUCUGGACCCCUGGAGUCUUGACCUUAACUUACUUCUUCAACUUGAAUGGGGAAUGAGUUCUAACUGAAAACAUGUCAAUUGCCUUUUGCUUUUCUUAAAUAUUAUAUUGAGACAUAUAGUUUGGAAUCUCUCAUUUCUAAAUAUGAAUAAAUAAUUAAAACUGUAUUCACAGUUCAUUACAUAGCCUUCUUGGCUUGUUUAAUCUUCAAAUUCUGUUAAACUUAAUGAUAUUAAUUUUAUAUAUGCAAGUACUAUGCACACACACAAUACAUUGUUUUUAUUCAUUUAUUUUUUAAUAUCCUUAAUGAGUCAUGACAGUCCAGGAGCCAGUGUGUUUAUAAUCUAAUGGGGGUA